GUGGGGCGGGGCGACGUGGGACUCGGCUGGCGGCGACGGCGGCUGCAGGAAAUCGGGGCUGGGCCCCGCCGGCGCCCGCGCGAUCGCAUCCCAGUCUCCGUCCCAGCCGAGCGAUCCUCAGGCCGGGCCAUGGACACAACGGAGCCGGGGCUACCCCCGGCUCCAGAGAGCAGAAAGAGGUACAGCGAUAUCUUCCGGAGCCUGGACAACCUUGAGAUCUCACUGGGGAACGUGACCUUUGAGAUGCUGGCUGGAGACCCUGUGCUUUCAGGAGACCCAGAACCUGACAAGACCCCUACAGCCACUUUGACCAGUGAAACCAGCCAUUGGAGUGUCUCCUCCCCAGAGGGUCCUGCACCCCUUACAGGGGAGGAACUGGACUUGCGGCUCAUUCGGACCAAGGGGGGCGUGGAUGCAGCCCUGGACUAUGCCAAGACCUGGAGCCGCUAUGCCAAGGAGCUGCUGUCCUGGACUGAGAAGAGAGCCAGCCAUGAGCUGGAGUUUGCCAAAAGCAUCAUGAAGAUCGCUGAGGCUGGCAAGAUGACAAUCCACCAGCAGAGCCACAUGCCACUGCAGUACAUCUACGCCCUGUUUCUGGAGCAUGACCUCAGCCUGGGAGCCCUGGCCCUGGAGACAGUGGCCCAGCAGAAAAGAGAUUACUAUCAGCCCCUGGCUGCCAAACGGACUGAGAUUGAGAAGUGGCGGAAGGAGUUCAAGGAGCAGUGGAUGAAGGAGCAGAAGCGGAUGAACGAGGCGGUGCAGGCCCUGCGGCGGGCCCAGCUCCAGUACAUGCAGCGCAGCGAGGACCUGCGAGUACGCUCUCAGGUAUCCCCUGAAGACUCGGGCCCCCAGGCUUCGCCGGGACCCAACAGGCAGCAGGAGCGGCGGCGGCGCUCGCGAGAGGAGGCCCAGGCCAAGGCUCAGGAGGCCGAGGCGCUGUACCAGGCCUGCGUCCGGGAGGCCAAUGCUCGGCAGCAGGACCUGGAGGCCGCCAAGCAGCGGAUCGUGUCACAUGUGCGCAAGCUGGUGCUGCAGGGCGACGAAGUGCUGAGGCGGGUGACCCUGGGAUUGUUCCGGCUCAGAGGGGCUCAGGCAGAGCGUGGCCCCCGUGCCUUCGCCGCCCUGGCGGAGUGCUGCGCACCCUUCGAACCCGGCCAGCGUUACCAGGAGUUUGUGCGGGUGCUGCAGCCCGCCUCCCCGCCUCCCCCGCCACCUGCCUUCUCUUUCCAGGAGUUCAUGUAUAGUUCCCCUCUGGACACAAAAAAAAAGCUCUCUGGUCCCCCACCUCCACGGCUGGAUGAGAGUGCAACUGAGCCCAGCCCUUGGGAGGACACUGGCACAGGCUGGCAGGGAACUCCGGGCAGCGAUGUGGACAGCGUGGGUGGUAGCAGUGAGUCUCAGCCCUUGGACUCUCCCACUUCCAGCCCAGGCUCUGGCACGAGGCGGCUGGUGAAAGCCGCAUCCAUAGGCACCGAAUCUUCUGAUGACUUUGAGGAGCGAGACCCUGAUCUGGGAGAUGGGCUGGACAACGGGCCAGGCACCCCCUUCAAGAAAUGGACACUGUCCUGCGCAGCCCAGACCCACCGGCUGCGGCGGCUGCGGGGCCCAGCCAAGUGCCGAGAGUGUGAGGCUUUCAUGGUCAGCGGGACCGAGUGCGAGGAGUGCUUUCUGACCUGCCACAAGCGCUGCCUCGAGACGCUACUGAUCUUCUGCGGACAUAAGCGGCUUCCAGCCCGGGCCCCCCUCUUUGGGGUCAACUUCCUGCAACUGCCCAGGAACUUCCCCGAGGAGGUGCCCUUUGUGAUCAGCAGGUGCACGGCCGAGAUAGAACAGCGUGCCCUGGGUGUGCAGGGCAUUUAUCGGGUCAGCGGAUCCCGGGUCCGCGUGGAACGGCUAUGCCAGGCUUUUGAGAACGGCCGAGAAUUGGUUGACUUGUCAGGGAACUCGCCUCACGAUGUCUCGAGUGUUCUCAAGCGAUUCCUCCAGGAGCUCACUGACCCUGUGGUCCCCUUCCACCUCUACGACGCCUUCAUCUCUCUGGCUAAGACCCUGCAUGCAGACCCUGGGCAAGACCCUGGGACCCUCAGCCCCAGCCCUGAGGUUAUCUGCUCGCUGAAGACCCUCUUGGUGCAGCUGCCUGACUCUAACUACAACACCCUGCGGCACCUGGUGGCCCAUCUGUUCAGGGUGGCUGCACAGUUUAAGAAGAACAAGAUGUCUGCCAACAACCUGGGCAUCGUGUUUGGGCCGACACUGCUGCGGCCGCCGGACGGUACAGGAGAAGCCACUGCCGGCCCUGUCACCUGCCUGCUGGACUCCGGGCACCAGGCCCAGCUCAUCGAGUUCCUCAUUGUGCACUAUGAGCAGAUCUUUGGGACUGAUGAGCUCCUCCUGGCCACUGAGCCCCUGCCCCAAGACCCCAGCCCACCCACUGAGAUCCUCCCACCCAGUCCCCAGCUGCCACACCCACAACUUGCCCAGGACCCCCUGCCCCCAUCCCUAACCUGGGACCCCAACCCAGACCCCAUGCCCCUUAGUCCCCUGGAGAAGCAUCCUGAAGUCAUGCCUCCAGAGAUUCCAACCCUGCAGAAUGACCAGGGAGAGGAAGUAGCCAAAGACACCAAAAAUGAGGGAGGGGAAGCGUCCAGCCAAGGCUCCAAGGACUCAUUCUUGGGGACACAAUCCCGUGGGCACUUCAGCCGCCAGCCUGUGAAGUAUCCCCGGGGGGGCACGCGGCCUGUCACCCACCAGCUGUCCAGCUUGGCCCUAGUAGCAUCCAAAUUGUGCGAGGAAACCCCUGUCACAUCAGUGCCCCAAGGGAGCUUGCGGUGGCGAGGACCGGGCCCUGCUGCCACCUCCCGUGAGGGCAGUCCUCUGCGCCGCACUCCACUGCCCAAGCAUUUUGAGAUUACCCAGGAGACAGCCCGGCUACUCUCCAAGCUGUACGAGUCUGUGCCCAAGGCCACCUGCUGCCCAGACCCUCAGACUGAGGAAGCUGAGGACCAUCUCUGACCAAGAUGCCCAGGACUGAAGAGAUGGAUUCACUUCUCCCCAGGAGUUCAGUGUUGCGGUGUCCAGAGCAUUCCUAUGUGGAAAGACUAUACCACCCCGGGGAGGACUAAAACCUUUUUUUGGGGCAAUGUACAGGGAUCCCCCCAAUAGAUAUCAAGCAUCAGGGCCACUCAGGUUCAAAGGUCAUUCAGGGUCAACACUCAGGGUCAAAACAUGUCAUAGGAUCCUUGAGGUCACCCUAGUCUCUAAUCCCUGGGACAGAGGUGCUUUUUGCUUCUUUGGUUGUGGCCACUCCCCAUCUCUGUCUGCCUCCUUAGCUGAUCCCAAGUGACCAGCUCUUGGAGGGUGUGAGCAACGCAGACUUAACAUCCUGGUGGUGCCUGGGGUCUGGUGGCCUCUGAAUAAACUGAGUCCUUUAUA